AUGAAUGCUGAAGAGCUCUUUGAGGCUAUACAGCGCGUGAUGAAUGAACCAAGGUAUUUUCAAAAAAAUAUCGCUACACUCGUUUGGAUUCAAAUUUCUACGUUAUUUCUUUCCAUGAAUAAAAUGCCUGCGUUAGGAAUCACUUUCCUUGUAGUUUCCCUAGCUCAGAGAACGUACAAUUAUUUCAAGACGUGCAAAUUUCCAAUCAAUUCUUAAUGCUUUUUUAUUUUACCUUGACAACAACAAAAAUACUUGUUCUUCCCCGAAAACCUCGUCACAUCUUUUUGGGAUUCAAGUAAUGAGCCGAACGCAUUUCUUGCCUGAUGAUAUAGAUGACCCUCGUAUCAGCCAUUUAGGAUUCAAAUCCCCUCUUUAAAUCGCUCUCCCGGGCCUCUGAGAGAUUACAUAUUGGGUGCAUAAGCCAAUCCUUCCAAUAAUUUUCGAAUUGUUUUAUUUCAGAUUCAAGGAAACUGCCAUGCGCAUUUCCCGUCUAAUGAAAGACAGUCCACGGACCUCCCUGGAGAAAGCUGGUGACUGGAUCGAGUAUGUACUCAGACAUGGUGGAGCCCAACACCUCAGAGCUCAGGUGUUUAACAUGGCCUGGUACCAGUACUACUCACUUGACGUCAUAGCUUUCCUUGUUGCCAUAGCAGCGAUAACUGUCAUGGUGAUAAGACUGGCAUGUCAAUGCCUGUGUCGUGCAUCCUAUAAAAGGUGUGUUGGCAAAACUAAAAACGAUUAA